AUGAGCAGCAGCUCCGUCCCGACGAGCGCCCCCAGCUCGUGGCAGAAGCGCGUGGGGACCCAGAGGCAGCAGGCCAACAGCAAGCUCGGCUCGUGGUUCGUGAGCAAGUUCGUGGGCGGCAAGAGCAAAGGCAAGCUGCUGCAGGACGAGGAGACGGCGCAGACCCAGCGGCGGCGGCCCGUGGGCACGCUCAGCGCCGUGACCAACCAGCAGCAGGCCAACGCCGCGCGCCGCGAGGAGCUGGGGCGCCCCAAGCCCAUGCGUCAGAAGAGCUUUUUGCGCCAGCAGCUGCAGGAGAUGAAGCGCCAGUCGGCCGAGGCCCUGCUGCGCGCGCAGAAGCGCAUGGACGGCCAAGUGCUGGAGGAGGAGAACGAGAACGAUCUGGAGGAGAAGUCCUCCUCAUCAUCUUCUUCUUCUUCGGACGAGGAGGGAGAGGACGACGACGAAAGAGUUCGCGUCAUUGACGACCCCGACGACGUGCUGCGCGGCAGUCUGAGCAGCAACCCGGCGCGCUCGCGCUGCUCGUCGUCCAGGAGGUCCAGCACCUCGUCGCGUCGUCGCAGCGCGGCCGAGGAGCAGCAGGAGCGCGAGGACGAGAUCUUGGCCCACGAGACCCAGCGAGACGAGUACUCGGCCGAGGUGAAUCGCCGCAUGAGCCAGGCCACGCAGCUCUACGCCGAGGCCAUCAGCGCGCUCGACUACGCGCUGCACCCGGAGCGGCAGCCGGACAUCGAGCCGUCUCCGAAGCCGCUACUGCUGGGCGUGAAGAAGGGGAGUGCCAAUAUGCCCAAAAGUGAGUGGAUUUGAUGGAAAUCUUCGACAGCACAAGAAGAAGCAACAAAAAGUUUUUGGGAGACGACCAGACUGGCGGAGGAAGGCAGUUUGGAGCACGUCAAGAAGGAGAGAGAAGAGUAUAACGGAGGGAAGGGAGGGGGGAGGACAAGCGGCGGUGUAUAUCAAGAAUUCUUCGCCAAAGAGGAGGACGUAGCAGUAGUUUGGUAUAAAAGGCGACGGGCGAUAUUUUAUUUUUUUGACAAGCAAGUACUUAGGAAGAGCACUAACUACAGUAGUAAGAGAGUAUGAACGGUGAAUAGC